AUGUCAUAUAGAGAACUUCGUAACUUCUGUGAAUAAAUGAGGGCUUUGGGUUAUCAUAGGAUAAUUUCAAUGGAAAACUUUAGAAGGCCUAAUUUUGAGCUUGUAGCUGACAUCCUUUUUUGGCUAGCUUAAAAGUAUGAUCCAAACUCAGAUAUUUCUGAUAAUAUUGACGAGGAACGACAUAGGGUAGAAUUUAUUAAGCAAAUAACAACACUAUUUGUUAGUAAGGCCAGGCUUAAGAUAAACCCAAAGAGAUUGUAUAUGGCUGAUGUUUAUGCAGUUUAAGAAAUUUUGAAAAUUUCAACAUUCUUGUAUAAAGCAUAAGUGUCUCCGCCUGCUGAUGAAGAAGAGAUUCAUGAUUUUUCCCUCCCAUCAAAAUUAAGUAAUAUUAAGAGUCAUAAGUUAUUGGCUCAAGAGAUCACUGAUCUGGCCACAAGACUUUAUGAUUAAUUAGGGAAAGAGGAUGAAGUCAAAGUAGCAAGGGAAAAAGCAUUGCAAUUUUUGUCCAAUGUCUCUAGAGGUGGAAAUUCACAAUCUGAAUAAUCUUAAAUACAGAAAUGCAUCCAAACCAUAUUGAAAUAGCAAGACUCAAAUAUUCAGGAGAUGUCUAAAUAUGUAGGUGGUUUAGAGAGGGAUCAGAAAUAAUUGGAGGAAAAAAUAAAGAGAAAAACAAAAGAGCUAGAAUAAGCAGAGAAAAGAUUAAAGGGCAUGACGAGUGUUAAGCCUGCUUAUUAGGAGGAAUAUGAUAGAUAAGAAUAUGAAUUAGAGAAGUUAUAUCAGAUUUAUGUCGAGAAAUUUAGAAAUCUAGUUUAUUUAGAGCACGUCUUAGAUGCUCAAAAUAGGUAGGCUGAGUUAGAAUAAAGAAGGAAGGAUGAUUAACUUAAAGGAGUGAGGGUAUAGAUUUAGAAUGCGUAAGGCAAAGAAUUAAGAGGGGAUGAUGAUGAAAAUGAUGAAUAGUUAGAUUAAUUGGGAGGAGAUUCUCGACUAUAAUCAAGCAAUAAGGAAAAGCGUAAUAAUGAUUUUAUGAGAAACUAAUAAGGUGGGUUUAAUAGAUAAUAAAUGGAUGAGGAUGGUGGAGAAGACGUAGAUGAUAUUGAUGAUAUAGAGGGAGGAGUUGAUGAUGAUGAAGAAGAGGAAGAUGAAGAUGAUGGAAUUGAAAAUUUGGAUGAUGAUAAUGAAGCUGACUUUUGA